AACAAAAUAUCAUCCUCAGCUCUGUCCUUUUCUGACAAUUGACAACAAACAUGGCGAACAGAAAAUUGACAGUGUUCAUAUUCGGAGGCUUCGUAACUGCGGUCGCAGCGGUUUUUUAUCCUAUAUUUUUUCAUCCUCUUAUUCACACAGAUGAUUACAAGCAAGUCCAGAAAGUUAACCGAGCUGGAAUCAAUCAAGCAGAUGUUCAGCCUGUAGGUGUGAAGAUUUGGUCGGAUCCAUUUAAACCGAAAUCGUGAUGUGACUGAUGCUGAAUGUGGACAGGAGAGGAGGUUCUUGAGCGUGUGUUUGGAUUUCAGGUGUUUGACACAGAUUUAAAACUCACAGACUGGGCCAACCAAACACUCCUCUCCUGAGUGAGUGUGUAAGAGAAAGAAACCUUAUGCCACUGUAUAGUAUGUUUUCCACUGUAAUGUUUCUGAUUCAGCUCUUAUACAGGGCUUGAUGAUUGGCCUUUAAACUGGAGCAGGGGAAACCGGCUGCACGGACUGUCAAUACUCUGAUACUUUAUCCUAUUUAAUAAAGUUUAUGAAAGUUGUUUCAGAUGGGUA